ACACUACAGCGGCUAGUUUUGUGUGUGCCGACUUCAAGAUAUCUUGAUGGCUGAUUACUUGAAGUCCGCAUUCAAUUAUUUUGCUACUUCAAAUACCAACAAGAAUGAGAAUGAAAUCCUUGGAAGUAGUAUAUCUGUUGGACAGUUAAAUCUGAAAGUAAAACGAGUUAUUGCUGAAGGUGGUUAUGGAAUUGUGUAUGAAGCUCAGGAUGUAAAUGAAAACACUUUGUAUGCUUUAAAGCGAAUGCUUGCACACGACAAAGCUUCAGCAGAUCUGAUUAUUCAUGAAGUUCGUUUGCUGAAACAAUUAAGUGGACACCCCAAUAUCCUCAAGUUUUUCAGUGCAGCAUCUGUUGGUAGAGAGAAAGUGAAGGGUGUUGGUACUGAGUUUUUAAUACUCACAGAGUUCUGUAAAGGCGGACAGUUAAAUGAAUAUUUGCCGGUACCACGAAGUGAUACUCCAUUGUCUACCAACGUUAUAUUACAAAUUUUCCACCAGUGCUGUCGAGCUGUUCAACAUAUGCAUAAUCAGUGCCCACCUGUAAUACAUCGCGACUUGAAAAUUGAAAAUCUUUUGCUUACCGAUAACUUCAUUAUUAAAUUGUGCGAUUUCGGCAGCGCAACUACAAUCACCUAUAAUCCAGACCAAUCAUGGACUGCUUUAAAACGUGGAAGUGUUCAAGAAGAGUUGGAACGUUUCACAACACCAAUGUAUCGUGCUCCAGAAAUGUUGGAUCUCUAUCAAAAUUAUCCUAUUGGUACAGGUGCUGAUAUCUGGGCCUUAGGUUGCAUACUAUUUUAUUUGACGUGUACUUAUCACCCAUUUGAAGAUUCAUCAAAACUUGCCAUACUUAAUGCAAAUUACACUAUACCAUCUUCAACCAAUCCAGAAAAUACAGCUUUCUUCAGUCUUAUCCGACAGCUACUUCUAAUUGAUCCAUCUCAGCGUCCUAACAUAAAUGAAGUUCUUGGUGAAUUAUCUGAGUUAGCUUCUAUGAGAGAAGUUCGUGUCAGUGGUUCUAUUCCCCUGCUGGAAGAAAUCGCUAAACGGCGUAAUUUAAAUGCACCCACUCCUACGAAUCAGUCAGUCAACCGUAGCGAACCUAAAAUAAAUGAAUGUCGUCCAGGACCAAUCCAUCCAGAUGGUACUACUAUAGCUAACCAACGGGCAAAUCUGCAACCUCCAUCCAAACCGUCUAGACCUAACCCUCCACCCAUAGUAAUAUCACAACAACAAGGUGCAAGUCCAACAGUCACUUUUAACGCUAGUUCAGCGACGAAGACACAGACGCCUACAGUUACACAUAGUUCAAGUAACAAUCAGUCACAGAAUCAAUCGGUGAGCAAUAUGUUUGGUAUGAUUAAAGGUGGAGCAGGAAAUCUAAUCCGUAAUAUUCGAGAUGCUUCGACAAAGGUUAUUGGAUCUGUUUCUACCUCAUUGAAUACGGAACUUGAUUUCCAGUUCAUCACUUCUCGUAUAGCAGUUACCUCUUUUCCUAUUGAAAGUGGAUUUGAAGUACUUGCCAAUGUUAAUUCAAUGGAAGAAAUGCAAAAUAUGCUUGAUACACGUUUUCCAGAUGCCUACGCUGUGUAUAAUCUUAGUACACGAGCCUAUCGAUCAGAUCAUUGGUUUCAUGGUAGAGUAUCUCAUCGUGGCUUUGAAUCGCAUCGUGCUCCUUCAUUAAAAUCUUUAAUUGAAUUAUGCUUAAAUGCUAGGCUUUGGUUAACUCAGAAGCCUAACAAUAUCUGCGUGAUCCAUUGUACUGAUGGGAAAACGUUGUCUGCAAUGUUGGCGUGUUCUCUAUUAUGUUUUUGUCGAGUGUUUGAUAAUGCUUCACCUGCUAUUCAAUUGUUUGCAUCAAGGCGUGGUAAUCCAGGCUUAAAUGCAUCACAAAUCAGAUAUAUUGACUAUGUGGCUCAGUUAAGUCAUAAUCGUGUAUCUACACCGCAUCACUUCCCUUUAAAUCUUAUCAGUUUAACCAUUGCACCGGUGCCUACAUUUAAUCGAUCAAAAAAUGGAUGUCGUCCGUACGUGGAGAUAUUUGAAGGAAAAACUAUGGUGUGUUCAACCUAUACAGAUUAUGACAAUCUAAGACCAUAUGUUCUUGAAGAUGGCAAGAUUGAGAUACUGUUGAAUGGAUUGACAGUUUUGGGUGAUCUUACGGUUAUAAUUUAUCAUUGUCGAUCUUCGUUUGCCGGAAGUGGAAAGAUUAGGUCAGUAAAGAUAGCUCAGUUUCAGUUGUACACUGGAUUUGUUGAACAUAACCUCACUGAAUUAAUCUAUUUUAAGUCAGAUUUGGAUCAUCUUGACAAUAGUAGCAGUUUUGCUGGUUUCACUAGUCGUUAUGCUGAAAGUUUUCAUGUCACACUGGAGUUCAUGGUCUCGCCUACUGAACGCCCAAGACAAAGUGAUAAUCUCGUGUAUCCAUGGGAAACAUUGCCUUCAGAAGAUGCAUUACGUCCUGAAUUAUGUGUAUCCACUUCACAAGAAUUGACCAGUAUAUUAUCUGAUUUCGGACGUUUUAAUCGUAAGCCAUCAGUUUCAACACAUAGAAAAAAUAAUUUAGAACAAAAUCAAUCCAAUUCACAACAAGAAAAAGUCAAUUCUGAGAAGUCGAUGCCAGCAUAUCAACCUACUGCUGAUAAUUCAAGUAAUAUCCAACAAGAGGCUACAGCUGAUGACGACCUAUUAGUACCAGACUUAAUUAAGGAUAACCAAGUCAAACCUACAGAUCCAUGUACUUCGCCUAAUCAUUCCCAUAAACCAUCUGUUCAUAAUAAUAACAACGUUCAGUUUUUCAAGGAUGAAUCCACUGAAAAUACCACUUCAUUGUUGUCAGAAGAUCGACCUAACUUUGAGUCGGAUUUUGUGGACCUACUGGGAUUGCAUACAGAAUCUUCUGUACCAACCAACGUAGACAGUGUUGGCGAUCCAGUUCUAAUUGAUGUGACUCAAAAUCCUUUUGUAACUAACAGUGAAAAUGCUGGAGACAGUGUCGGCACACCAAAGAAUCAGAAUGGUGUAAAUGAAAGGAAAACAGACAAACAAUUGUUUGUUGACGAUUUAUUCACUUUUUCUCCAACUGUUGAUGAUAGUCCAAAUAUUGAUCUUGUUUGGGAGGAGGCUUUAAGAAAACCGUCAGAAAAUCCUUCUACUACUUACAGUGGUAGUGGUGGUGCAGCUGCUAGUGGCUCAUCUAACAAUCCUUUCGAUCCUUUUGGAAUAGCUACAUCCGAAUUGGAAUCUGGCUUCUUCUCGAAGCCAAGUUUUCAUAAUCCUUCUACACAAAGUAAAAGUAAUUCAACUAAUGACUGUUUUGAACAAACAACUUGUCAUUUAAGUGGAAGUGCAAGUGCUAGUAAUCUGAAUCCACCUACUGUCAAUCCAUUGUUCUCAUCACCUCCUUAUUCUAACUUGGCAUCAAAUACUGAAACUUCAGAUAAUACUGCCACUGGAGUUACCGGUAGUCGUCAUAGCCUUGAUCCGUUCGCAGAUUUUGCUGAUGUACUUCGCAAUGGGCUAAAUAAUCGAAAUUCUCCUGCUGCCACUACUACCAGUAGUAGUGCAAAUGCUAAGCAACCACCGACAACAAUGGGUGGUUUUUCUGCUGGUCCUAGUCCAGUACACCAUCCCAGAUGUAAGUUUACAAGUUGGGACGUUUUGAUUUUAUUACUCUAACAUGUUUAACUGCAUCAUUCCCAUGGUAGUUUAACUUUUCAAUUAUUCUAUAAUUUCGCUUUGUUUCACAUACUGAAAUUUCAUAAGAGAAACCAGCUGUACUACAGCCUUAUUAUACUCUCUUUGUAUUUUUGUUAGGCGUGGUACUACUGAUUUUGUAAAGUAAGGCGAUUAUUCUCCAACCAAUCAGGGUAUUUUCACCUUUUCAGUGAGUAUUGUUUAAAGAAGGUUAAAUAGUCUCGAUUUCUUGUAUCGAAAGUCUUCAUAUUUUUUGACUGAGUUUUUUUUACUGUACAACAAUGAAUGAUUUGCCGCGUUAAAAGUGACACUUACACUGCUGCCAAGUUGAGGAUGUCUAGUUUAUUUCUGAUGAACGAUAAGGCGAAAUCUUUGAAAAUUUGUUGGAAUAUAUUGAAUAUUACUUAUACCCAAAUGCACUAAAAUUACCGUGGAAAAACUUUCGUCACAUUAUUAACUAUUAUUAAGCAUCUGUAACACUGAAUCUACAGUAAUAAUAACAGCUUUAUUCCUGAACAGUGUUUAUGUAAUGUACCGAAUUUCUAGCGGAGUUUAUUGCAUGCUAUAUUUGCUCUUUGUCCAGGAUCUUCAAAUAAAAUAUUAAUUGACAAUAGGUCGUGUGUGACACAUUUCUAUCUGGCUUGAAGCGCAAACCAUCUCUCUUUUGUCUCCUUCGGGAGAUUUACGACAUUUGGUUGAAUAUCAAAUAUAAAAAGUUCAGGAGUACAUUUUUUAAACCAAGAACACAACCAAAAAAAAGUUAUCUCAUCUAUUGGAUUAAACUGCCGUUCAGGAUAAUGCCUUUUCUGAAGUUUAGUAGAAAACUGCGAAUCAGCAGAUUGUAAACUUUUUUAAAUGCUCGCCAUAGUAAAUAUUACUAUUAGAGGUCAUAUUUUACUGAAUUUAGACAAAUCGAAUACGAAAAAAUUAUAUUCAGUAUAUUAAUGGAGGUUUUCGGUAGCCCAAGUCUUAAGCAGGCUGUCGGUUUCCUUACUUAGUGAUGUGAGAAAAUCUAUUAAAUUGAGUAUAUAUUGAAAAAGAGCCGAAAUAAAAUGAACCUGAACCUAGCUGUCUGCUGUUUGAAGUGCCCAAUCGUUAAAAUCACACGGGUUCGAACUUAUAAGUACUUAGUUCUUCUCAUAUUUUAGGAUAUCAGUCAUUUUAUCCCUAUGUAAUACUUUAUGUGGUUUACAGUACACACUAAUCGUUCAAAUUUUCUGCCUGUCAGCUGGCAUCGACCCGAAAUUUACAAACUCAUCAACAAAAUCGGAUGCUAACCAAAAGGAGAAUACUACUAACGCUAGUUAUACUAAUGAGAAGUCCAAUCAAGCUCAUACUUCGUGGUCGGGUUUUACAAAUACCUCAGCAUCAUCAUUUCCAAGUGCUGGGACAGGAGCUAGACCUCAAGUUAACAAAGAUGCUUUUUCUGAUCUACUCGGUGGGUUUGGUUCUUCUCGAACAACUAAUGCAGAUGAUAAACAACCAAAAACAGUCAAUCAAAUUCGUCGUGAAAAGAUGGCUAAAACCACUGAUCCAGAACAGUUGAAAGUUUUUGAUUGGGCUGAAGGUAAAGAUCGUAAUCUUAGAGCGUUAUUAUGUUCCCUUCCUACAAUAUUAUGGGAUGGAGUACGUUGGAAUCAUGUGGGUAUGGCUGAUCUUAUUACCCGUGAUCAAGUUAAACGUCAGUAUCGGAAUGCUGCGCGUGCAGUUCAUCCUGACAAGUGGAUGGGUACAUCUUAUGAAAAUAUGGCCCGCUUGGUAUUUGUUGAACUCAAUGAUGCUAUGGCUGAAUUCGAAAAGGAUGCUAAUAAUAAUUCCUCGACAAAUAUGAAUUUAUGAUCUUUAGAUGAUUGCAUAUAUAUAUCUUCGUUUUCCUCUUUUCGUUCAUUCAUAACAACUUAUUAUUAUUUAACACACUGUGAUAUCAUUCCACAUCACUGAUGACUCUUUUCUGUCAACAUGAAUAUUUCUUUAUUUUAUAAACUAUGUCUCUUCUUCACAUACCUAAUGCGACUGUCUACUUUCGCUACCCUCCCCCCUCCAGAUUAUACAUCUGUGAUGAUAUAGGAUUGAUUAUAUGAAAAAAAAAAACUAUUUUUGUGACUGUUGACUCAGAGAAAUAGAAGCCCCUCUCCUUCACCACCACACUAUCUAUCAACUUUCUUCUUUUGCCUCCCUCCCUCUCUCCCUUCUUCUUCGAUCAUGAAUUCUUCCUGACAUCAGAUUUUUUGCUCCUGGUUCUUUCGCGCAUCUUUUGUAAUAUAAAAAUGGUUAUAUUCAAAGCAUCAUACCUGCUUUUAUCCUAACCUUGUUACUCUGUCUCUGUCAUUAUUAUUAUCAUCAUCAUCACAGUCGUCUGUACAACAGUCAUCAUAAUCCACAUGUGUUGCAGUUGAUAAUAAUAAUAUUCAUGUCUGUAUAAGCUGUGCAAUAUACAAGCGCCUGCUGAAAAACAUAUUCACCAACGCAAAUAAAAAAACAGCACUUUACAAUCAAGUGAAACCUCUGUAUGCUAGGGAGAGAGAGAGAGAGAGUAAUGCCUGUGAAUUGAAAAUUUUAUUCUGCGGUCGAUUUUCGGCCUAUAUCUAAUUGUUCAACUAGUUAAGGCUUUAUCUUCAUUAAAGUGUAUAUAAAAAUGGUAUGAAUGAUGUAUUUAUUAUUACUAUCAUUAUUAUUGUUAUUAUUCUUAUGAUUACCGCUCAUAUUACUAUCAACACUUCAGUAUGGUUAUUUAUCAAUUCUUUAACCUACCAGUUAGUUUUUCAGUUGAAAUUUUUUCUCCUUUUAUUUUGUUCUUGUUAUUGUUGUUGUUUUCGUCAUUGUCAGGUAGUUUUCACAAACUCCUGAACUUAUUAUCCUGUAUAAUACAUUUCUGAUAC